AUGUGUCGAGUGGCCGUGUUGCCCAGACACUCCGGGACAAACUCUCAAACGCAGAGUCCACACACAAAAGGGGAGGAUGAGGCAGGUGGAGGAGAGGCCCUGCGCUACGUUCAGGGAAGUAGAGGGGCUGCCAGCACCUCCAACACAGGCCGAACCACGGACCCCAGCACUGGUCUACCUAGCCCUUCUCCUCCCGGAGGAGGAGGAGGGGGUGAUCGAGCAGAAGGAAGCCUGAAAAGCCAGCAGGUGGUGCGGGAGCUGUGGUUCAUCGUGGUGAUGGCCGCCGUGGCCCUGCUGCUGCUGGCCGUCGUGCUGGCCGUCGUGCUUCACAAGGUGGGCAGAGAUGAGAAGCCCGCCGAGUUAAGAAAGCACGUCCUGAACAAGCCCCACCUCACCAGGGAGAGACCUCCUCUGGUGGCCCUCCCCAUGCAGAAGAGGAGCCCCAUGGCCGUCUACCCACCCAGCAACUCUGUGUUGUUUGACACGGUGCCCGACACAACCAGCUUCUCCAACAGCGUCACCCUCAAGGGCUUCACUAUGAAGAUAGAGGAAGUUGUGGAGGCUAAAUGUGAGCCGGCUGAGGAGGCCCCCCCUCAGGGAGAACUGAGCGUGGGCGUUCUGAGGCGCAGCGUCAGCCAGGUGAUGGACGGGAAGCCCCUCGGAGGGGACGAUGACGUGUGGGACCCCAACAUUUCAGGCCACGACAGCGGGAUGGUAAGAGACCCAAAAGGAACUCCGCACCCACUCAAACCCCUGGUAGUCCCUCUGGCGUUGAACCGCCUGGUCUCCCCUUUACCGAGCCGUUCCUCCUCUUCACAGUUCAUGGACGACGAGGAGUUUGUGGACACCGUCAAAGGCUUCAGCACGGUGAGGAAAGAGCACACCAUGUUCACGGACACCAACCUGUGA